GGCCACGUCAGCAGUACACGACAUUGGUAAGUUGCCACGUCAGCAGGCCACAGCGGCAGGACACGUUAGUGCAUGCUGCUCGCCUGCUCAAAGACAAGCAGCAUGGAGCAGCAGCCAGGCGAGACUACCGAGGCCUAUGAGACCCGCAUGCUGGACAUGGUAGCCGAGUGCAAGCAACGGGCAGUUGCGGCAACGUCCGCACGUAAAAAGGAAGACGAUGAAGCAGAGGAACAACGUCGCCUCGCUGAACAGCAGCGACAGGCGGACGCUGAGGCAGCAGCGACGGUCGCAGAUGAACGCCGUCGACUACGCCGAGACAAACUCCUCGAAUGCAAGGGGGAUAUCGAGGUGAUCGCCGGCGAAUGGGCAGUGGCUGUUGAAGAGGGGGGUGCCCCCUCUGCUGUGUGUGGUCUUGCAACCACAAUCGAACAUGUGAGCGACUUGGUCGUCACCUGUGCAAUACAACAAGAGGACAUCCUCUGCAUGGACACCUUAUUCUGGAAGCAGAUUCGUAUUAUUGACGAACUGCUUGACCGGGUACGCCGGCUGGAACAGCAGCUUGCAACAGCCAUCCCCGCCGGACCCUCCAACGUGGCGGAUCGCAUCAAUGUCUUGGAGAUCGACGUCGAGACUCUCAAGGACGGCGCAUUUACGACAACUUAUUCUCCUACCGUUGUGGUGCCGGAUCGGCCGAUCUCCCACGAGAUCAUUCUCGAGGCCGGUGUUGUGCCACCGAAAGGAUGCAUCUAUCGCAUGAGCGAGGAAGAGCUCGAGGUUCUUCACGCUCAACUCGACGAUCUUUUGGACAAGGGCUGGAUCCGCCCUAGCAGCUCACCAUAUGGUGCGCGAGUUCUCUUCGUACGGAAGAAGAACAAGGAUCUCCGCUUGUGCAUCGACUACCACAAGCUCAACGCACAAACCGUCAAGAAUGCGGGACCCCUUCCGCGAAUUGACGACCUUCUCGAGCGUUUGGGCGGGGCAAUUUUUUUUUCAAAAUUGGACUUGAAGUCGGGCUACCAUCAAAUCUCGAUACGCCCGCAAGAUCGCUACAAAUCCGCGUUCAAGACGUGGUACGGACACAUUGAGUGGAUCGUUAUGCCGUUUGGUCUCACCAAUGCCCCGACGACCUUUCAAACGGCAAUGACCAACGCGUUCCGUGCGAUGCUGGACCGGUUUGUACUAGUCCACUUAGACGACAUCCUCGUCUAUAGCCGAACAUUGGAGGAUCAUCUUGAGCACCUUCGACGAGUAUUGGAGACAUUCUGCCGCGUCAAGUACAAAGCCAACCGCGACAAGUGCAAAUUUGUCUCGCAAGAGCUGGAAUACUUGGGCCAUUUUGUCACAUCAGAGGGCAUCAGUCCGUUGUCGAACAAGAUUCAAUCCAUCCAAGAGUGGUCGGAGCCGAAGACCGUCAAAAACGUCCGCUCCUUCCUUGGCUUGGCUAGCUACUAUCAACGCUUCAUCAAGGGAUUUUCGAAGAUCACGGCUCCUUUAUCCAAGCUUCAAUGUGAGGACCGGCCAUUCGACUUCGACGACCAUGCGCGGACUUCACUUUUGGCUCUCAAAGCCGCAUUGCUAUCCGCGGAGGUGUUGCGCAUCUACGAUCCGCUUUUGCCUACACGCGUCACUACCGAUGCGUCCGGCUAUGGCAUUGGUGCUGUCUGCGAGCAACAUGACGGUGUGGACUGGCACCCGAUCGAGUACUUUAGCAAGAAAGUACCCGUUGUGCACUCGAUUGACGAUGCACGGAAGAAGGAGUUAUUGACCUUCGUACACGCGCUCAAGCGCUGGCGACAUUUUCUUCUUGGUCGACAGCAUUUCCGAUGGGUAACGGAUAACAAUCCAUUGGUCUUCUACAAGACCCAAGACAUGGUCAAUAGCACCAUUGCCUGUUGGAUGACCUUCAUCGACCAGUUUGACUUUUUCCUCGACCACAUCCCGAGCAAGUCAAACCGUUUUGCCGAUGCUCUUUCACGGCGUCCGGACCACUGUACCGCAGUCUACUUGACCUUCGAGAUUGACGACGACUUGCGGGACAGCUUCAUCCGUGGCUACCAAGUAGACCCCGACCUUUACGACAACUACGCAAAUUGCUCCUCUCCUAAUCCGGCGCCAUCGCACUAUCGGAUCCAAGAGGGGUACUUGCUCGUUCACUCGCGAGGAAAGGAUCUUCUUUUUGUGCCACGAGAUUUACACUUGCGCACACGGCUUCUUGGCGAGUUCCACGACGCUCCCGCCACCGGAUACUUUGGAGUCAAUCGUACGAUUGGCCGACUCCGCGAGCGCUUUUGGUGGCCUGAUCUUCUCGACGACGCCACAUGCUAUUGUGAGUCAUACGAGGUUUACCGACAUUGCAAAUCCCGCAAUCAUCGUCCGUACGGCGAGUUGCGACCGCUACUGGUCCCCCUGUGGCGAAGGGAACCGAUUGCCAUGGACAUUACCGGCCCGUUCCCCAAGCACAAGACCGGAGUGGAUGGGAUUCUCACAGUCACUGUGGUCGACCGACUCACCAAGUUCGCCAUGUUUUUGCCUUGCCGCUAUCAUGCCAAGGCACCGGAGUCGGGCAAGGUUCUUCACGCCGGUUGGAUUCGAACCAAGGGUUACCCCAAGGAAAUCGUCUGCAACCGUGACACUCGGCUCAUGUCUGAUUUUUGGUUGGCGCUCAUCAAGCGAUGGGGCUCGUCACUUAAGCCCAGUUCCGCUGGCCACCCCCAGACCGAUGGCCAAAUAGAGAGGGCGCACCAGACCGCACAGGYUCUCCUUCGUACUCUCAUCCGCCCGGACCAAAGGGAUUGGGUUGAGCGUUUGCCGGAUGUCGAGUUGACCUACAACUCCUCCAUCCACCCGACUAUUGGGAUGUUGCCCUUCGAAUUCGAGCACGGCUCGCCGGUCACUUCCCCGUUGGACACCAUCAUUUCACGAGUGGCCGAAAGCGACGACCAUCUUCUCUUCUUACGUCGGAUGCAAGAGCUUCUUGUCAAAGCACGCGACCAGAUGGCUAAGACACAGCAGCGCAGGAGCCAGCAGGCCAAUCGCCAGCGUCUUCCUUGUCCAUUCUGAGCCAGCGACCUCGUUUGGGUUUCCACAACGGAAUUCAGCCUUGAACAAGACAUCUCUCGCAAGCUCCUUCCGAAAUGGAUGGGGCCUUGGCCGAUUAUAGCACCCGCUGGAGACGCACCCGAGGGACCGCCUGGGCGCCAACCUAUUCAAAUUCCUGAAUUAACAAAAAUUGCGUUUAGUA